CCCAUCGCCGACGACUAGUUGCGAAACCGACGCACGCGUGACGUCUCUGUGAAGAAGCGGCCCAGAGGCUUUGCUCUCUCUCCUCAGUCGUCUGCGCCUCCAGCGUGUGUCGCGCCCACCCCCGCUGGUCGUUUCGUUAUCUCGGUCCGUUUUUCUUGCGUGUUUCCUUACGAAGGAGCAACAAAAGAGGCGGGUUAUCGCGCCCUAUUUUUUAAAUAUAUUGUCUUUACCCUCCUUUCAGUUAAAAACAUAAUUUCGGCUAGCCCUUUUUGAGACAAGCACGUGAAUGAUCGUGUUUCAAGUUCCCUGACAUAAGUUUAGUUUUAGAAAGUUAUAGACACCAGUUUUUCGUCUCUCAAGAGGUUACCCGUCCAAGGCCUACGUGAAUGCAUUAUAAAGAGUUUGCCAGCUGCAAAGAGACGACUGACAAGAUCCUGUGGAAGCCGGAGAGCGUGGCCCCGCAGCUGAGCGCGCCGUCGCCCGCGCUCUUCACCUCGUGGCGCAUCUCCUCAUCUGACCGACAGCGGCGGAGAGACUGCCAGGGCCGCUAGGCAUGCUGGGAGCCGAGCAGUCCACCAUGUCCAGCUCUGGGGCGGGAGCUUCCGCCAUGCACGUGCCGGCCGGCCACGAAGGCCUGGGAGACUGGCCGGGCCCCGGGGGCGGCAGUUGCGGGGGCGACGAGGGCGACGCGCUCUUCUCGUGGCAGGACUACAGCGUGCUGGCCACCGUGCUGCUCGUGUCCUGCGCCGUCGGCAUCUUCUACGGCGCGGGCGCGGGCGACGCGGGGCAGGCGGCCGCCGACUUCCUGCUGGGCGGCUCCUCCAUGCCGCCGCUGCCCAUGGCCAUCUCGCUCGCCGCCAGCUUCGUGACGGCGGUGGAGCUGCUGGGCAACACCUCCGAGAUGUACCUGCACGGCACGCAGUUCUGGAUGUCGUGCGUCGCCUUCCUCAUCGUCGUGCCGCUCACCUCGCAGCUCUACCUGCCCGUCUACCGCGCUGUCGAGGUCACCUCCGCCUACGAGUACCUGGAGAUGCGGUUCGGGCGCGGCGUGCGCAGCCUGGCGGCCGCCAUGUACGUCGUCCAGAUGACGCUCUACACCUCCGUCGCCGUCUACGCGCCCGCCCUGGCCCUCAGCGCAGUGACUGGACUUAACGUCUACCUGGCCGUUACCUGUGUCUACGCAGUAUGCAUCAUCUACUCAUCUCAGGGCGGGAUGCGCGCCGUCAUCAUCACGGACACGUUCCAGGCGGCCGUGCUGAUGGGCUCCAUCUUCGUGGUGCUGGCGCUGGGCAACGACCGCGUGGGCGGACUCUCCGUCGUCUGGCAGCGCAGCUCCGUCACCGAGCGCCUCGAGUUCUUCAACCUGAACCCGGACCCGACGGUGCGCCACAGCUUCUGGUCCGUGGUGGUGGGCGGCAGCUUCUACUGGGCCACCAUGUUCUGCUCCAACCAGGCCUCCGUCCAGAAGUACAUGUCUGUGGCCACCAUCAAGCAGGCCAGGACGGCUUUAUGGGUGAGCUGCGCCGCCUUGGCCAUCAUUUUCACGGCCAACUUCUACACUGGUAUGGUCAUCUAUGCUGACUACCACGGAUGCGAUCCCAUCAAAACUGAGGCCAUCACUGCCAGCGACCAGUUGUUACCGUACUACGUGAUGCAGCACAUGGCACAUCUCAAGGGCGUGGCCGGCUUCUUCGUCGCAGGGAUAUUCAGUGCCUCUCUCGGCACAGUGGCGGCGGCGCUCAACUCGCUGGCGGCGGUCACGGUGAGCGACUUCAUGCUGGGCGCCUUCCCCGCCAUCAGCAUCGCGCCAGAGAAGGCCGGCACCGCCGCCAAGUGGGCGUCGGCCAUCUUCGGCGCCAUUAGCUUCGCCCUCGUCUUCGUCGUCGAGCGCCUCGGCGGAGUUCUCCAGGUGGCGCUGAGCUUCAACGGCAUGGUGGGCGGAGUGACGCUCGGCAUGUUCUCGCUGGGGAUGUUCUUCCCGUGGGCCAACAACAAGGGCGCGCUGCUCGGGGCGCUGACGGCGAGCGCGCUGGUCGCCUGGAUCGGCGUGGGGGCGCAGGUGUCGGGCGCCAACCAGGCGGGCGACGCCACCAAGUUCACCUCAGCCGACCUCUGCCCCGCCUGCAACCUCACCGGCGACGCGGCGCUCGACUUCACCACCGCCUCCAGCAUCACCACCGCCGCCAGCACGAUGUCGCCCACAGCGCCAGAAGAGCCAGUGUUCGUGCUGUACCGGCUGUCCUACCUGUGGUACUCGGCCAUCGGCUGUGUGACGACGGUGGUGGUGGGCCUGGUGGUGAGCCUGGUGUCGGGUCCGCGUGACCCCACCACGGUGGACCCGGCACUGCUGUCACCGCCGGUGCGCGUCCUGCUCGACAACCUGCCCAAGAGCCUGCGCAACCGCCUCAGUCUCAGGGACAUGUCCAAGCGCAGAUUCUCCACUGUGCGACCGCCUUGCGUCUCGUCCAUAUACCGUGGUGGCAUCAUCAACGCUGGUAUCUCUCUGGAUGAUGAAAAGCCAGUGGUGCCACCCUCAGCGACUGUAACUUCCUCACAAGCACCACCACCAGCUUCAAUGGGAGGUGGCAGUCUGAAUGGAAUGCCACAGCAAAUGCAGCUAGAUGGUUUGCCACAAAAAAAAGUAUCUUCCAAUGACAACAAUGGGAUGUACUUUGCUAAACUUUAGCACCAAAGUAAAAUGAUGGUGGAUGGAAUCAUAUACCCCAAGUAUUAGAGGGCUAACUUAAAAUCCACUAUCUGUCAUGCUAACCAUGUAUAUAAUUGUUGUCUGAGGAAUCUCUGCCACUGAGAAGAGAAUGCACUCUCUCUUGACAUAUAAAAGACUUACGACCACUGAGAGGGAGAGGACACACUGAACAGGGCACUGGCUUUAUUGUGAGCACACCUGUAAACUGAUAAUUACCAAAAUUCAUUAAUUUCUACUAGGUAGCAAUUCCAUUGUACCAUCCUAAUCCUAGUUACACUUAGCAUUUGGCUCUCCCUCUACAGUUCUUGUUCGUUCUCAUCAGUGCCAGUGGUAAUGGUUCAUAGGACAAUUUUUGUACUUUCUUAUCCAAAUUAGAAUGUUUGACAGCAAAUUUAUUUGUAUUCAUUCAUGAAAAGGUACUGCCUUAAGUAUAUCAUCGCUCUCUGUACAUGAGAAAUGUCAAAUAGCUUCUUCUACCAAAUGUGCCACAACUGUUUUGUUUUCAACACAUCUUUUUUCAUAAUAAUGUUUCUGUAAGCAUAAAAAAAUGCUUUCAAGAUAUAUUCUGCAUGGGUCACCUGUCUUACAUUCAUAUACAUAUUCAAGUAACUUACAUAUUUCUUUAAGAACAAUAUGAGUCAUUUUAUGUAGUUCUUCAAUUUUCUCUCGUGUGGCCAUGAACAAAAACUAAAUUUCUAAACAUGUGUAAUGCUUGACUAUUUGAGAAUUUUAUAAAUUGAAAUAAGUGUGAUUUGAUCAUAAUCCAUAACUAAAUAUCGUUUUCUUGUAAUUACUCCUUUACUUAAAACUAUAAUUGGAGCACUCAUUCAUAGUAGGUUUUAUUAUGCAAGUUCUGUUUCACUGGGAAAGAAUUAUUUUUGUUGUAAUUCUUUUCUCAUCAAGAGGUAGACCAAUUGUCUAUUUCAGAUUCAACUCUGUGCCUCCCAGAUCUAUUUCCUAUUUUGAGUACCAACAAUUCAUUUUCCUCAUGAAUGGUAAUGGAGGAUUGUUUUAGGUUACCUUCCAUUGGACAUCUAUUGUUUUGUUUACAAUCCUUCACUUAAGUUUAUAAUCACUUUUGUUUAUAAUGUUAGAUGCCAAGCUCUAUAUGUUGAGCUGUUCCAUUUCACUAUAUUUCUCAUACUAAUGCUUCUCUUGACCACUAGAAUCUCUGCUUGUGCCCUUCUUUAUUAGUACCCAUUGUUCACUGCCAUAUGGAUAGCACAAUGAAGUGAUAGUUUCAAAUCAAUCAUUAUUUUUGCUACUUCCCUUUACUUUUUUUAAUUUCUAAGAUUAUUUUAAGAUUCUCAUAGAUAUAACUGAAAUUUCCUAGCUUACAGUCGAUAUAGAUGGAUGAUUUCUAACAACCAAGAAACUUGGUCAUUGGUACUGGUUCCUAGCAUUUUGUAGUAAUAGAGUUAGGCAAGUUCAUCAGUGGGUGACACUGCUAGCUCCACUGUUGUUACUCAUAUGAACUGCUAUGUAAAAGAUGGUGGAUGCAUGUCAAUGAUAACUGCAAAUAGAAUGUCAAAGAGAUUCAUUAUAACGUUGAAAGUUAUCAUUUCAUGUCUUUACAAAAAAAAAAAAAAAUACAAAUGUCUCAUGA